AUGUCGUUCAUGGACGCGCGCGAGCACGGGUCGAAGAUCGGCGGCGGGGGCGUGGCGUCGGCGAGCCAGGGCGCGGUGGAUCGGCGCGAGCGCCUGCGACGGUUGGCGCUGGAGACGAUCGAUCUGGCGAAAGAUCCGUACUUCAUGCGGAAUCAUCUCGGGUCGUACGAGUGCAAGCUGUGCCUGACGAUGCACGCGAACGAGGGGAAUUACCUGGCGCACACGCAGGGGAAGCGACACCAACAAAAUUUGGCGAAACGCGCGGCGAGGGACGCGAAGGACGCGGACGCGAGCUUCGGGAAGUCGAAAACGGCGACGAUACAGCCGAGGAAGACGAUGAAGAUCGGACGACCCGGGUACAGGGUGACGAAACAGUACGAUAGAAGGACGCGACAGCGGAGCCUGUUGUUUCAGGUGGACUACCCCGAACGCGAGCUCGGAACCAAGCCGAGGUAUCGGUUCAUGUCGGCGUACGAACAGAAAGUCGAGGCGUGGGAUAAGCGGUAUCAGUACGUGCUGUUCGCGUGCGAACCGUACGAGACGAUUGGGUUCAAAAUUCCAAACGUGGACGUGGACAAGGCGGGACGGGAUAAAUUUUUCACGCACUGGGACGAGGACGUCAAGACGUACACGUGUCAGUUGACGUUUCGUCGCGUCGACGGCGACGGCGCGCCCCGCGGCGGUGGAAUGCCGCGCGGUGGCAUACCGCCGCCGCCGAUGGUGGGCGGAUUACCGCCGCCGCCGCCGCCGCCGGUUCGCUGA